UUCUCACUAAGUCAGUAGGUCGAGUGAGACUCUGUUGUAAUCAUCAUCAUUGACGACGCUUGGAGACUUUUAUGAUCACUUCCGGUUCAAGGAUUUUUAUAAUUUUUGGGAUCUUUUCUCCAGUUUUUCUCGAAAAUGUCCAAUCAGAUGAUACCAAGAACCAUUUUGAAGAGUAAUCUUCAAAAUGGAGUUGGCAGAUAUGUCUGUCAGUUACAGAGAUUGACAAUCAAAUUCUGUAAAAGCUGGCCUUGCAGUCGUGGUACGAGGGAUUACAUAGAGAACCACUUGGUAGAUUUUACCAAGAAGAAUCCAGGAGUGGUGGUCUAUGUCCAACCAAGAAGACAUCGUGCACCAGUCCUUGUUGGAGAAUAUUUGAAUGGGGAGAAACACCAAGUACAUAUCCGCAACUACAAUAAUCAUGAAGUGGGGGAGUGGAUCAAAUACCUUCGUACCCAUUCAGGUGCAACAGACGGUCGUCUCGAAAAAAAGUGGCAUACAGACACACCAAGCAUUCAGGGAGUAUGGACCCCUUUCUUGAACAAAGACUCUGAAGUAAAUUUGGCAGAAUUUCCAGAUGAGGAACUAGGCAGCGCUGCUGUCAAGGAACUUUCAGCUACAGAUGAGCUUUUACAAAGUGUGAAAAAUAUUGCCAUUUUGGAGGAUAGUAAAUCACAUCUGGGACAAUCACCAAUAGAAGAAGAAUCAAAAUAGAAACAUUUCAGAAUUUGUGAUUUUAUGCAUUUGUGUUUGUCACUGUCGAACUACUAUAAGAUGAGAGCCAGUUUAAAAUGUAAUAUACUGCCCAAGCAGCAUCAUUAGUCAGGAGUCUUAGACUGUGGCCAUGUUCUUCCUUCCCCCUCUGCAGAUGGAUUUUGUGAAAUGAUUUUUGGACUUUUCGGAGCGCAGCCACCAAAAGUCUGGAAAGUCACAAGUGUUGAUGAUGUGAUCUGAUUUGUACUGGUAUGAUUUCAUUUGAAUAU